UUUAGAGAAAAGUUUAUUAUACAAAUUUGUGAAAAUGCCGUUUAUGAUAGGAAAAGAGCCCAUUAGAAGAACAUGGAAAUAUUUAGAAGCUGGUAGACUAAUUUUAAAAGAUAGUAUUCAAAUAUUUUCUUUGCAUUAUAACACUAACAUUGGUGAUCACCAUGAAGGAGCUAGAGAAUUCGCAUUUUGGGAUAUUCCGCAAGUUCAAUAUAAAAAUCCAAAUGUCCAAAUCGCUAUAUUCACAAACAUGACACCAUCUCCAUUCAUUCGAUGCUUCUAUGAUGAUGGUAAACGAAUGCUCAUUGAUAUUGACGGCAAAAACAAAUUUGAAAUUCUAGAACAUUUAAUAAAAGUCAUUGGUAAAAGUAAAGAAGAGCUAGAUCAAGAAGCUCUUUUAAAUCGAACGUAUUCAAACUCUGCAGAUAUUGGAAAUGGGCAGGACAAACAUUGUAUAUGUGAAGUGUUAGGACAAGUGCCUUGUCCAAGUGUAGUUCCUUUGCCGUUCCAUAUGAGAGGAAAAUAUGUGUAUCAAAAAGCAGAUAUACCUGAAGAACAUAAACCUUAAAUUCGUUUCGUACUUCAUUAAUAUUAUUAUUAUUGUAAAAAAAUUAUUAUUACAUUAGUUUGUUAAGAUAUACAUAAAUAAAUACUUGUACGAUAAUAUACUU